AUGACUCAUUUAAUGAUGUGUUGUUCAGCUCCAUUACCUGAAAGUAUUCAUCGACGAUGGUAUGAAAUAACUGGUCAUCAUCUUCUUGAACGUUAUGGAAUGACUGAAUGUGGUAUAGCAUUAACAAAUCCAUUAAAAGGAGAAAGAAUUCCAGGUACUGUUGGUCGACCAAUGCCUGGUGUUACUAUUCGAAUUGCACGAGAAAGUACAAUAUCACCUAUGUAUUAUGAAACAUUAAUAGAAGCUGAUAGUGAUAAUACAAAAGUUGAAAUACAAAAAUAUUGGCGAAAACGUAAUGAAACACGUGCAACAUUUACAACUGAUGAUAGUUUUUUUAAAACAGAUGAUCUAUUUCGUUAUGAUCCUGAAAAAAAUGUUUUUUCAAUUCGUGAUAGACAAUCAAUGGAUAUAAUUAAACGUGCUGGUUAUAAAAUAUCUGCGUUAGAUAUUGAACGUAUUUUAUUAGAACAUAAAAAUAUAUCUAAAUGUUUAGUUAUUGGUAUUGAUGAUCCAACACUUGAUCAAAAAAUUCUUGCUAUUAUUGUACCAAAAUCAUUAAAUAAUAUAAAUAAUUUAGUAAUUGAUACAGUACGACAAUAUUCAAAAGAAUAUUUAUCAAAUUAUUCAUUACCUGAUUCAAUUACUAUUUUUGAUCAUAUUCCACGAAAUGCUAUGGGAACAGUUAAUAAAAAAAAAAACUUGCACGUUUAUUAG